AUGCCCAAGCUCAUGAUGAAGAAAGCCCCAGCAGCCCCCAGCCUUGGAGAUCCAGUUGAGGACCCCCUACCUCAGAAGCCAUCUUUCUCCUCAACCUCCUCCCUCUUUCAGCUUGCAGUUCAGAUCUGGGGCACCUCCCCCUCCAGCCCCCAGCUGGGAUCAGAGUCUGCCCUGGCUCUGCUGUGUGACUCCAGGUCCCUGCCCACUGCCCACCCUCCACCCGAGGGCAUUGCUCCCUCCCUCCCUGUUGGGCGGCCCCAGGGCUCAGCCCCAGGUAUAAAGCCACCUGAGUCAGAAGGGACGACAGAGGCCGGGCAGUGCCCCCCUCCCACCCUGGCCUCUGGGCCCUGGCUGUCACUCACCCAGUCACUGGGUGGCCAGCUGUCUUUGCACCCGCUGGAGACCUCCAAAUCCUUCCACAUAGAAGGCUUCAUUCACCGUUCAUCUGACAAAUAUUUAUUGAGUGCCUAUUACGUGCUAGGCCCCAUUUGUCUGCUGAUGCUGCUGUUGCCACUCCUCAGUCCGGCAGCCCCCAUCUCCCCAGCUGGGCCCAUCAGUCAAGCCUAUAGCCUGGCUCUCUACAUGCAGAAGAACACAUCAACGCUGCUGCAGACUUAUCUCCAGUACCAGGGCAGCCCCUUUAGUGACCCUGGCUUCUCGGCCCCUGAGCUCCAGCUGAGCAGCCUGCCUCCUGCCUCCAUUUCCUUCAAGAUCUGGCAUGCCCUGGAUGACGGGGAGCGGCUGAGCCGUGCCCAGUGGGCAUUCCUGGCCUUGACCCAGCACCUCCAGCUCGUGGGGGAAGACCAGAGUGACCUGAAUCCUGGCAGUCCCAUCCUGCUGGCCCAGCUCGGAGCUGCACGACUGAGGUCCCAAGGCCUGCUAGGCAACAUGGCUGCCAUCAUGACUGCCCUGGGGCUGCCUAUCCCCCCAGAAGAGGACACUCUUGGACUUGUCCCCUUUGGGGCAUCAGCCUUCGAGAGGAAAUGUCGAGGCUACAUAGUGACCCGGGAAUAUGGCCACUGGACAGACCGAGCUGUGAGGGACUUGGCUCUGCUCAAGGCCAAAUAUCCAGCAUAG